GACAAGAGUUCAGCUGCUGUUCACUGAGAGCUCUCAGUCUUCGCUGUUUGCCUUGGUCCGGGAACUGAAAUGAACCUCUUCCUUCCAAGGAGGGACAUGCCGCGGAGACUGGAGGAGAAGAUGGAUGUUAACUCAAACAGUUUAUAUGAAGUAAGCAUGGGAUUGGAUAAAGAAGAAUUGGGGGACUUGAAGUUUCUGUGCACUGAUCACCUGCAAGCGGGCAAGGGGAUAGCCAGUGCACAGGAUCUGUUCAGAGAACUGCAGCAACAAGACUUGGAUAUUAUCCCUGAACUCCUGUAUCAAAUCCAACGCUUUGACUUACUCAACCUUCUUGGAAAACGGAAAGCAGACAUGGAACACCUUUUUCAACAACCUGAAAAUUCCAAGAUCUCAGAUUACAGAGUGCUGCUAUAUAACAUUUCGAAAGAGAUUAAUGGUGAGGAGCUCAGUAACAUAAAAUUUAUACUGCAAGUAGCCAAGGGGAAAUCUCAGGAUAUGAAGAAUUUUAUGGAUGUCUGCAUUAAUCUGGAAAGGAAGGGACAACUAGCACCAGAUAAUCUAUAUGUCCUACUAAAUGUCAUGAAGGAAAUCAAAAGAAUUGAUCUAAAGCGCAAACUGGAAAAAAUUCAAGACAUAACUGCUACACUUCCACAACAAGAAAGCAGGAGCCAAGCAAAAGAGCCUAACCAUGGGAUGUUCCCUGGAGUCAGCUGUCAAGCUCAGACUGAUGCCAAACCAAGUGAUUCAACAGGAACUGAGAAUCAGCAUGAACCUCAACCACAGACAUCCACUGUAGGAACACAACGAAUUACUGUGGAUGACCCAGCUGUAGAGAAGCCUUGUCCCCAGCAAGGAGGAGGUUCAACUACAGAAUACAAUUUACAUUCCAUUGGCAAUCUGCACACAGCUGUGGAAAAAUUAAGAUUGGAAUCAACAUCAGAAACCUCGAGAACCUCCUCAGUGAUUGCAACAUCCUCCCUUCCUCAACACAUCUCGACACAGACAAGUUCACAGUCAGACACAAGUCAGACCAACAGCCAGCAGUGCAUUGAAGUGUACAAAAUGAAUAGUGAGCCACUUGGAAUCUGCUUAAUACUGAACAACAAAUUGUUUCCUGGAACAAACUUGAACGAAAGAAAGGGGACAGAUUGUGAUGCAGAAAAGCUAACUCAAGUGUUUAAAAUGUUGGGAUUUAACAUAGUCAGAGAAGACAACUUAACAGUGAAACGUAUGGAAGAAGUACUGCUCACGUAUCAAACGUUUGAUCAUAAUGAUUGUUUUGUGUGUUGCAUCCUCUCACAUGGUGAAAAAGACGCAGUUGUGGGAACUGAUGGAGAGCUUCUUCCUAUCAAAAAGAUCAGGUCCAUGUUUUCAGGGUCUCAGUGUUGCUCACUGCUGGAGAAACCCAAGGUCUUCUUUAUACAAGCAUGUCAAGGCCAAGAUUCACAAAGAGCAUGCCAAGUGAUGAACUAUUUCACAAGCAGCAGCUCUGAGCUUGAAACUGAUGCAAUGACAUAUUCCAUCCCAGAGGACAGAGAUUUCCUGAUUGGAAUGUCUACUGUUGCUGAUUGUGUUUCCUACAGGACGCAUAAAGGCUCCUGGUUCAUUCAAGAACUGUGUAACUGCUUGGAAGAAUUAUGCCCCCGAGGAGAAGACCUGCUUACAAUUCUGACCGUAGUGAAUCAGAAAGUAAGUGAAAAACAUCAAAGCAAGAAGCAAAUUCCGGAGCCAAGAUUCACCCUAUCCAAGAAGUUGAUCAUUUUGCCCCCUUCUAAAAGGAAUUUAAACAGCUGAUCCAACUUCAGCCACACAGGAAUGAAUGUCUGUAUUUGAUAUCUCAGGAGGAAAUUCAGCAAGCUAGUUUGACUUUAAAAUGGGUUUUGUCCAUCAUUAAAUGUCAGCAGUACCUGUGGACCCUAUAACUGUUUACAAACAUAGCAAGUGUACAAAUGUUUCAUCUACCUGUUUAAACCUUUUGUAAUUAUAACUCUGGAACAGGUGGGACUUGAACCCUUCUGGUUCAGAGGUGAGGACACCAUCUUUAUUCCACAACAGCCCUCCAUAUAUCAAAUGUAACCUAGAUGGACCUAUCAAAUCACUCAAACUAUUAAUACGAUGAGGAAAAUUCUGCUUAGGUUCUGUGGAUGCCUUAAGAUUUCCAUGCCAUUAAUCGUUGUUUUGAAAAUAAACUGAUUUUAAUGCAAGAUUAAAAGAUUUCAAAAAACAGACUGAAGACAUGCUGUGUUCGAGGAAUCCUAGUAUUUAAUUUAUAUUUUUAAAAUAAUAUGUUUUCUCUGAUGUAAGUAGCAGUUCAGUCAGUGUAAUAGGCUCUUUAAAGAAAAACAGGCUUACGUUGACAGACCACCUCUCAUGACUUCAAGGCAUUUUGCUGAUUUUAUGCCUUUGGAGCAAAUAGGAAAACGUGGUCAUAAGGAUAACCUGUAGGUCUAUUAUGACAUUCUCCAUAAUAGAUGAUCCAAUUAAAACUGUCUACAACUGCACUUUUUUUUUCUAGCAAGAAGAUGAGUCACAUAUCCAGGAUACAACAAGAGUGAUUAUAUCUUCCUGUCUCCGUGCCUUUCACACGCCUGUGGAGAAUUGUUUAGGUAGUUCCCUUGCAGUCUGACCAGGAAAUCUCCGGGGGACUGAAGCUGUUGUCUCAAAGUGCACUGAAGUAAAAAUUUUCGUUAGUACUGGCAUCAAAUCUGGAAGUGCAUGAUGUAGGUCAACCUGCCAUUGUUGCAUCAGCACAAAUGUUUCACCCUGAACUGUAUGAGGCACCUUUACCCAGUCUGUGUACAGUCCGGGUAAAAAAAGUCAGCGGAAGUUGCCACAGUUUCAAGGUUAUUUUAACAUACUUGCAAUUUGAUGUGGGGAAGGGAGGGACAACCUAUUCUUGCAUUGAUUAAUUAUAAGAUGCCCUAAACAUGAAGAAUCUUUCCACAAAAUAGGCAGAUUUUAACAAAAUGCGAUAAAAGGAAAUAAAGGUUCAUGUAAAACUAUAAAUGGAGACUUAAAGCAAAUGUCAGGAACAAAACUCAGUUAAUAACCAGGAAAAUUAGUUCUAUGUCCAUGUUCUACAUAGACAGGGUGCUUAAAAAAGUGCUUGACAUGCUUGACUACAUUGUUCAGUCCUUUGAGUAUAGGAGUUGGGAAGUUGU